AUGCCUGUCAGAAUCCCUCAAUAUUUUUCUUGUUUUAGCCCCGCUGCUCGCCGUUGGGUACCCGUGGCCUCACGGCCCAUCCAGAGUCCCGGGGUGCAAAGCUCAGCCCAAGGAAACACUCCUAGAUCUCAUUUCAACAUAGUCUCUUGGAACAUUGACUACUCCAGUAGCUAUCCCACACGACGCUGCCUUGAUCUCAUCAACCACGUUUUCAAAUAUGGAGUUCCUGACAUUCUCUGCCUGCAAGAGGUCAGGUCCGAAGUUCGUGCCAGUCUCUUAGGCAACCGCGAAAUACGCCAAGCUUUCCUCACGACAGACGCCGCGACGGACCUAGAGUACAAGCGUUUCAUAACCAUGACCCUGCUGUCUAAAGAACGCUUCGCGUAUAGCCUAGACUCGAAGGAGAUGGGUGGAUCAAACGAUGAGGGGAAGUUCAUUGUCGGGCCGGUUUUUCGCGAGCACCUCCCGAGUGCAGCCGGUAGGGAUGGACUUUGCGUGGACCUCAUCCCUCCUUGCGCACCGGACACCUUCCUCCGAAUCAUAAACGCACACCUCGAGUCGUGCGAUGGCUUCUCCUACCGCGCUGCGCAGCUCAAGCAACUUUCUAGCGUCCUUCACGAACCUGGCUGCAGUGGUGGCCUCAUUGUGGGCGAUUUCAAUUCGGUCACUGAUGACGAUCGCCUGCUUAUCGAGGAGAACAAGCUAAAGGAUGCAUGGCUGACGUUGCACGGCGAUACGAAGCCAGAUGCACCUACGUGGAGUGUGGGGAGGAGGAGGGACCCUAGGUACGAGCCUAGCAGGCUGGAUAAGGUUGCUAUGAUGGAGAUACAAUCUGCCCACGACCGUGAGGACUCCAUGAAGGGAAUCCGUGACUUCGAUGACAUUAUGUCCCUCAUAAAUGCCGGCGACAAUGUCCAAUAUACUCCCAAGGAAAGAGAGAAGUACAAGAGAGCCUUUGGGGAAUUCGUCGAGACCUACAUUGAGCAGAACCCCAAGUGGACCCUCGCUCAGUGGAAGAAGAACACCAAUCUUGAGUAA